AUGAAUCUCCUAGCUGAACGCGUGGCACAUCUCGCGCUAUCCACCUUCAACUCCCUGCCUCAAAAAUGCAAACCACGCACUCUAUCAGAUGGCGAGACCGAAUGGACACCAAUGUCGGCGGUGGUUCUGGCAGAGGAAGGGCAGGAUUCGCGUCUGACCUGUGUCUCGGUAGCCACGGGAACCAAGUGCCUCUCAGCUACUGCCUUGCCCAGAUGCCAGGGCCUUGUAGUCCACGACUCUCAUGCAGAGAUUCUGGCUUUGCGCGGAUUCAAUCACUGGAUACUUUCAGAACUCGAAAUAAUUCUUCAAGACCCGGCUCAUCAAUCGCCCUACCUUGAGUUCUCUCUACAAGACGACGCUGGGAUGAUUCAAGGUUGCCCGUUCAGACUCAAAGACAAUGUGAUCAUCCACUUCUUCACUACUGUGGCUCCGUGUGGUGAUGCGUCGAUGGAAAUCUUGAUGGAUUCUUUCCCUUCUAGCGACGCAACGCCAUGGCCAGUUGACAGCAAUACCACCACUCUACUACAAGGCCGGGGCUACUUUUCCCAGUUGGGCUAUGUGCGUCGAAAGCCCGCCCGGGCAGAUGCCGACCCAAGUGAUUCCAAAUCCUGCACAGACAAGCUCGCUGUCAAGCAGUUCACAAGUAUCCUGUCUUUCCCGGCUGACCUGCUCAUAGAGAAGACUCCGAAUGCCUACAUUAAAAGUAUUGUGGUCUACGCUGAUCAAUAUAAUCCCGUAGGUUACCAGCGUGCAUUUGGGCCGGAAGGACGCUUAUCGGCCCUUAAAGCCACUGGGCUCUUCUUCACGAUCGAGCCUUUACCUGCGGACUUUCCACGCUUUGCGUUCGAGAGGCGACUGCAAACUUCCGUCAACUCGAAGCAGUCAAAAGCAAAAACGAGCAACGUUGCUGCAUUGUGGGUGCAAGGGACAGGUACCAAAAGUCCAGACGUGGUUGAAGUUCUCAUCAACGGGGUGAAGCAAGGCUACAAGCAAUGGGAUGAAAGGUCGGCCAAAGCGAGUGUUGUCUCCAGAAGGGAAUUAUGGGCCUUUGGCCUGAAGAUCGUCAAUCUCCUUGAACGUCUUGACAUCGCGAAUAACCCCACCGACAUACCUGGUCGGGGUUAUAUUAGCUGGCUCGGAAUGUUGCAGAGAGGACUUUCUGCAAGCACAUAUGAAGAGGCAGAAUCGUCAAAUCUGAGAAAAUCUUACAAAGAGCGCAAAAUGCGUGUUACCCGCGUCCUGGAUAACUGGCCCAAAAACGCGGGCGACAGCUACUGGAGCUGUAGCCAACCUGCCUAG